UGGUGGUGGCAGCAGGGAGCUGGGAAGCGGAGAAGCCGGGAGCGCGAGGCUCAGUCGGGGGGCGGCGGCGGCCGCGGCUCCGGGGAUGGCGGCGGCUCCGCUGCUGCUGCUGCUGCUGCUCGUGCCCGUGCCGCUGCUGCCGCUGCUGGCCCAAGGGCCCGGGGGGGCGCUGGGAAACCGGCAUGCGGUGUACUGGAACAGCUCCAACCAGCACUUGCGGCGAGAGGGCUACACUGUGCAGGUGAAUGUGAACGAUUAUUUGGAUAUAUACUGCCCUCACUACAACAGCUCAGGGGUGGGCCCUGGGGCGGGGCCAGGGCCCGGAGGCGGGGCGGAGCAGUAUGUGCUGUAUAUGGUGAGCCGAACCGGCUACCGCACCUGCAACGCCAGCCAAGGCUUCAAGCGCUGGGAAUGUAACCGACCGCACGCCCCCCACAGCCCCAUCAAGUUCUCGGAGAAGUUCCAGCGCUACAGUGCAUUUUCGUUGGGCUACGAGUUCCACGCCGGCCACGAGUACUACUACAUCUCCACGCCCACCCACAACCUGCACUGGAAGUGUCUGAGGAUGAAGGUGUUCGUCUGCUGCGCCUCCACAUCGCACUCCGGGGAGAAGCCGGUCCCCACUCUCCCCCAGUUCACCAUGGGCCCCAAUGUGAAGAUCAACGUGCUGGAGGACUUUGAGGGCGAGAAUCCCCAGGUGCCCAAGCUCGAGAAGAGCAUCAGCGGGACCAGCCCCAAGCGGGAACACCUGCCCCUGGCCGUGGGCAUCGCCUUCUUCCUCGUGACACUCUUGGCCUCCUAGCUCUGCCCCCUCCCUCGGCAGGGAGAGACGGGGCGGGGCUGGGAAGUUGCAGAGAGCCUCUGGCCUCUCCAAGGGACACCGCGGGGCCUAGACCCCUCCUCCGAUGGUUGGAAGUGAGGUCUGCACCAUGCAUCCGUGCCCACCACUUUGCCCCUCUCCCCCCAGGUAGGGCACUGUAGUGGACUAGGAGCAGGGACAUCCACAGGUCUCAGGUGGCCUUGUGGUCCUGGUAAUGUUUGGUACCAAAUUGGGGGACUGUAAAGGGCAGUGCUCAGGACUCCGUGUCCCCUGGUAUCUUUCCCUGACUCCUGGUGCCCUCACCCUUCGUCCCCCCAGAGAGACAAAUAUGCCCCAGAGAGAGCAAAUCGAAGCAUGGGAGGCACCCCCAUCACUUUCCUCCAGGGGCAGAACAUGGGGAGGGGAAUAGAUGGGCAAGGGGGUAGCACUGCUCGCUGCCUCCUUCCCCUGUUUACAGCAAUAAGCACGUCCUCCUCCCCCCACUCUCACCCCCACGAUUGUGGUUUGGAUUGAAUCCAAGUUUACAAGUAGACACCCCUGGGGGGGCAGGCAGUGGACAAGGGUAGCAAGGGGUGGGCACUGGGGUGCCAGGCAGGCAUGUACAGACUCUAUAUCUCUAUAUAUAAUGUACAGACAGACAGAGUCCCUUCCCCUCUGUAACCCCCUGACAUUCCUAGACUUCCCCUUCCAGCUUCAGACCCCUUCCCUACCAGGCUAGCCUCCCCCCCCACUGGGGGACCCCCUGGCCCCCCUUUUGUCUUCCGUGAAGACAGGACCUAUGCAACGCACAGACACUUUUGGAGACCAUAAGACAACAACGCCCCUUCCGCUCCAGUCCUGAGUCAGGACCCAGCUCCCAGGACCUUGCCCUGCUCACCCUAUGUGGUCCCCACCCAUCCUCCUGGGCCUUUUUCAAGUGCUUUGGCUGUGACUUUCAUACUCUGCUCUUAGUCUAAAAAAAAUAAACUGG